CUAUAUUUGCAGAAAGUACGUCGGGUAAACCUAGCGUGUGCCUCUGAAUACAUCUCAAGCAAGAAGCCGGUUGCCUCUAUUUCCGAGGUGGUUGGAUUUUAGCCAAGGUGACAAGAGGGGAGGGGUCGCAGAUGGUGUAGUAACACAGCGUCCCUGAAUGCCCGCCCGUUCAUCCCUGGACGCCGCGGCAUGCUCGGUCGAGCUUUGUGCCCGAGCAGGGGCCUGGAGGGGGGGACCAAUUCUUGAUAAGUACUCCAUACUCCUGACAGCAGCAAGAGUAGGACAUGAUACGCUUGUCAUCUUCCGGUUAUAUAUGCGCCUUAUUACAAUCACAAUAGAAAGAUAGAUUUGUCUUAGAACGAGAACAGCGAAGGCACACAAUAUAGAUAAAUAGCGGUCCCGCCCACAUUGCCAGCAAAUAGUCCCCAAGUUUGUCUAGAAGAACAACCCGGUUUUGGGGCACCAACAGACACCAUGGCUACACCAACUGAUAUCGAGGAAGACGCUUUCAUGUUUCCGUCUCUCCAGCUGAAUGUUGAGACGGAGCGCCGUGGCAUGCACCAACGAAACAGCAGUCCCUAUGAGGUUCAACGGCCUAACGUGCUCGACGACAUUUGCCUCGGCCUGCUUCUCCAGGCCCGUAUCGAUCGCGUCGUCCAUGGUCGCUCAACCAAGGAAGAAGGAGGGACUCCGACGACUUUGGUGGUUUUUGGCUUCCGGUUUCACGGCCUCAACCGCAAACGUCGCUUCAAGGAGGCAACCAUCACCAUUGUCUUCGAAGAUGAAAAGAAGCCAGGGACCAAACGUGACCCAGAGGUCGUAGCCCUCUGGCCAAACGGCGACUUCACUUUGGGCAAGACUCCAGUUCAGGUCGAGAACAAGGAUAGGGGUGAAGUGGGUGGUGAUGCUGGGGUGCCACUGGGCGGGACGGGAGCCCAAUUAGGGACCCACUAUGUGAGGACAUGGGAAAGGACCGAGUCAUUCGAACGAACGAACCGGGCGACUCUAACAGGUUCCAUCAUCUUGGACACCACCCACCGGGAAUGGGGAAAUAACAACGCUGUCACACUUACGUUGUGCGAGGAUGACAAGGCGAAGACCAGCAUCGUCACCGACCUCCGGGCUGCCGUGCUGUUGGAACGCCAAAACGACGCCGACAUCUUCACGGCAAAGGUCGACAUGAAGGCCAAGGGAGAUUUCGCUUACAACGUAUUCAGCGGCAUACGUAACCUAUCCCGCUUUUCACCGGCAAACGACCCUGUGCGGUUCAAGCCUGGUGUUCAAUACAUCCGUCGACGCACCUUGCACCCGGCAUUUGAAACCAAGCUUAAUAUCGAAAUUGAUAAGGAAAGGAUGAGUGUCGAUCAACUCGAAAAGGUGGCUGGGGUGUUGGGUAGCACUGUCUUGUCGAGCGAGGCAUCCGCGACAUGAUGUCCGUGGCCAGCGAGAGCCAAUGACUGUCAUUUGAGUUAUCUGUUGUCAGAGGGUUAUCGAUUUAGGUUGAGCAGAAAUUUGUGUAAUGCAAGGCGAUUAAUUAAUACUCUAUACGAAGGUGGUGUGACUCUUUGAGCAGCAGCUUCAAUCAAAAAUGGAUGUUUUUCAGCUGGUCCGAGAAGGGGCUGGGGGUUGAGGGGGGAGCAGGGAGAUUUUACCAUAAAAUGUCCUGCCAGAG